AUGCCACCACCAACAGAGUCACAGAAGAACCCUGUGAGAUAUAUGCACACUGUUUCAGAAGCUGGUCGCCUUCUCCCUUCAUCAAGCCGCUGGAACUCCAUAGCACUUAAUUUUAACCUUACUCCUAAAUCAUCUAUUUCCUAUGAUUCCAUCCCUUCCAAAUAUCCAAAAUCUGUUGACUGCAAUCUUGUCAUCACUGAUAAGAACCACUUCCAUAUUUUUAUUUUUGUCACAGUAGCAAUAUUUUUUGCUAUAAUAGGACUGGCUUUGCUGUUACACUUUUUACCUCAGAAGCAUAGGCAUCAAGACUCUUCAAUCAAUCUCAAGUUGGCUAUAAACCAAGCUCUAACAUUUUAUGACGCCCAAAAAUCUGGGAACUAUCCGAAGAAUAGUUCAGUGAAAUAUAGAGGAGACUCAGGUUUACAAGAUGGAAAUUCAGCAAAGACUAAUCUUAUUGGUGGAUAUUAUGAUUCAGGCAACAACAUUAAGUUUACUUUCACCACAGCAUAUACUAUGACCAUGUUGAGUUGGACUACGAUGGAAUAUCAAACGAAAUUUGCUGAUAUCGAUGAACUUGAUCAUGUUAGGGAUAUCAUCAGAUGGGGUACUGACUAUUUGCUUAAGGUGUUCAUUAUUUCAACUGAAUCCAACCUUACACUGUAUUCUCAGGUUGGAAGUACCAUUAGUACUAAUAAUGAACCAAAUGACAUAAAUUGCUGGGAAAGACCUGAAGACAUGAGUUAUGGUAGACCAGUUUCAGUUUGUGAUGGCUCGGCUACAGAUUUAGCUGGUGAAGUUGUGGCAGCGUUAUCUGCGGCGUCAAUGGUAUUCAAAGACGACAAAGAUUACUCGGGGAAACUGGUUCGAGCAGCAGAAAGCCUAUAUGAGGUAGUUACAGAGGAAGAUCCUGAAAAGCAGGGAACCUACACCAAUGUUGAUGCAUGUGGAAAACAAGCAAGAAUGCUUUAUAACUCAUCUAGUUACAAAGAUGAGUUGGCUUGGGGAGCUACUUGGUUAUUUCUUGCUACUAAGAACAUUGAUUAUCUUGCAAAUGCAACUGAGUUUUUUUUAUCAGCAAAAAGGGAUGAAACAAAUUUAGACAAAGGGGUCUUUUAUUGGAAUAACAAGCUCAAUGCUGUUGCGGUUUUGCUUGCUGGUAUUCGUUAUUUCCGGGAUCCUGGCUUUCCAUAUGAAGAUGUUUUGAAACUUUCAUCAAACUCUACUCACUCUCUCAUGUGUUCUUACCUUUUCAAAAAAUAUAUGAGUAGAACACCUGGUGGAUUGAUUCUUCCAAAACCUGAUAAUGGGCCAUUACUCCAAUAUGCUACAACAGCAUCUUUUCUCAGUAAAUUAUACAGUGAUUACAUUGAUCAUCUCAAAAUAUCCGGUGCAAGCUGCGAAACCGAUGAAUUCUCAGUUGCGACGCUUCGUGAUUUUGCUAGCUCUCAGGUUAACUACAUUUUAGGACAAAAUCCUAUGAAAAUGAGUUAUUUAGUGGGCUAUGGCGACAAGUUUCCGGUCCAGGUUCAUCACAGAAGCGCGUCGAUCCCUUGGGAUAAACGGCUCUACAAUUGCAAUGAUGGUAAGGCAUGGCUAAACUCUAAGAAUCCGAAUCCACAAGUUCUUUUGGGAGCCAUGGUGGGAGGACCAGACACAAACGAUAACUUCAUCGAUCAAAGGAGCAACCAGAGAUUUACUGAACCAACCCUAGCAAGCAAUGCUGGCUUAGUUGCAGCAUUGAUUGCACUUCAAGAUCCUUCAAAUGAUUCACAUGACUUGAAAAACUCUUUGUGGGAAUGGACUUGA